GAUAUCUUAAUUCAUGACUACAACUUACUCACAAAUCUAUAGGACUACUAACUACAGUAGUAGUCCGUGAUAACAACUCAUAACCAUAGAUAAUAAUAGUUUAUGGCAAUAGUGUAUACUAAAUAGUAAAUAUAUAGUAUAUACUACCUAUGGUUACAACUUACAACUCACUGCCCUGCGUAAAAUUUUUAUUAUUUAGCUAUAAUAAAUAUAAAUAAAUAUAAAUAUUUUCGUCCGAUACGGACACCCGACUACCGAACCCGCUAUGGCUGAAACCACUAGCGAAUUAGACGAAACGCCGAGCAUCGAGUGCUUUCAGAACUACACCGCGCCCGAGGUGUUCAUACAGGGCAUCGCUGGCAUCGUAAACCAAGAGGAUGUCGAGUCCAUGAUCAUUGCCCAAAAAGAAAUGUUGCAGCGUUUUGAAAAAACCAACGAAAUGCUUACCAACUGCAAUUUGUUGUCCAUGAGUCACCUGAAAACCACAAGCCAGGAACUGAAGAAACACACUCAAAUGUUAGCAGAGUUACGCAAAGACUUGGACAGUACAUUUAAGAGGAUAGCCACGAUCAAGUCCAAGAUUAAAGUCCAAUAUUCAGACUUCCAGAAAAGUAUAUUAGAAGAAAAGCAAAAAGAGCUGGAACAAAAAACUGUAGAUAGUUCAUCUAGUGGUAGCGCAAGUACAGCUUCUCCGUAUAAUUCUGAUACAAACUAAAAUAUAUUUUUUAUUCCAUCAACAAUUUUUAUGACAUGAUCUCGUUAAAUAAAUUUGCCAUAACCAUUUUAAUGUAUGCUUUAUUCGGUAUGACUGUAUAUAAUAUGUUAUGCUCAUUAUUUAUUUAAAAUAUAAAACAUAUUUCGUUAAAUGUA